AUGGAGAAAUAUGGCGUAAAACAUAGGGUGGAAACACCUUAUCAUCCUCAGACAAGUGGGCAAGUUGAAAUAUCCAAUCGGGAGAUCAAGAGUAUUCUAGCAAAAAUGGUGAAUGCAAAUAGAACUGAUUGGGCCUGCAAGCUCCAUGAUGCUUUAUGGGCAUAUCGAACUGCUUUCAAGACUCCGAUUAGGACUUUACCCUUCAAGCUCAUUUUCGAAAAAGCUUGUCACUUUUCGGUUGAGCUUGAACACAAGGCUACGUGGGCUUUCAAGAAAUUGAAUAUGGAUUGGGAAGAGGCGACCAAGCUCAGGUUGUUUCAACUUAAUGAGAUGGAUGAGUUUCGGUACUAG